UGACAUCAGUUCCUUUAAUGGGAGCCUGGGCGGAGCUUUUUUGUUUGCAAAGUAUAGCCCAAGAGUAGAGUGAGUAGCAUUUGAAAGAGGGAGACAGAGAGAAGAAGCAGAGCUGUUUGCAGGGAGAAGGGAAGAAAGCAUGAGUACAAACUCAAAUGUGUCGAGCAUGCAGAGGAUGGUGGAGCAACUGAAGUUUGAGGCAGGGAUCGAGAGGAUGAAGGUUUCGCAAGCUGCCACUGAACUCCAACAAUAUUGUGUCCAGAAUGCCUGCAAAGAUGCACUGUUGGUAGGAUUACCUGCAGGAAGCAACCCCUUCAGAGAACCUAGGUCCUGCUCUCUUCUCUAAAACCAGGAAAUUGGACACCUUUGGAAGAAAUCCGACUAUGACUAAUGCUGCCUCUUUAUGAAGAAUGUUUUUCCUGUGCUGUUACUUUUCUUUGCCAAAAUGUUUUCUGUAUUUAUUAGCACCUUUAUAACAGUUUCCUACUAAUCUGGCAGUAUUCAACCUUCUGGGGAAAAUAGAAUUUUUUAUUAGCAAGCUAAGGGAAGUGGGCAAGUUGCUGACAUGAAAAUUCUUUAUUUUCAAUCUGUAGUAAGCUUGCCAUUGGUUUAAGGGCAAAUGGUUGAUUGUGUGCAGAAGUCCUGGGAUUUGAGUGUAACUUAAAACUAAACAAAGAAAAUUGUGCCUGCAUUUAAUAUCUCCCUCGUUGUUUCCGAUAAAUGAAAUAACCUAUGUCUGUAGUAAGUUACAGGUUAAUAAGUCAAAUAGUUGAUGGGUUCUUGGAGGAAGGGCUGUUGUCAGUGAUGAUGAUGGGACCCACUACACCUUGGUUUUAAAAUGAGAAUCCCAGAUGAAUUAUUAGGAGUGAAAUAACCCUGAUAAAUCUAGCACCAAACCUGCAAUAUUUUAGUGUAUAUCUGUUUAACAUGUUUAAUUUUGAUUUUAAAAAGGAAGUGAAUUUUUUUAAAUAAAGUAAAAUGAAGCCAUUCAUUGGGUGCAUUGACUGGUUGGACAGUGCAGCACUGUUGAGCGCACUUCACGCAUGUUACCCUCUUAUUUUUACUGCCAUGGAGAAAGAUCACAAGUCACAGACACAGCUUAGACCUUUACAUUAUUAGCUCUAUAGGUUACCAAAAGAAAAAUCAAUUACGAAAUGAGAAAUGCUUGAAUAUUAUUCACAAAAUCAUCCCAAAGAAUUGCAAACAGCUUUUCAAGAUGCUGUGACAUGAUUGGGAAUCAACAGCCACUAACAUUUUCCAUUCAUUUUUAAUUGUAACUGUUGCCACUGUUAUGUAGCACAUUUGUAUGGUUUCAUUAAAUUUAUUUUGAAAGAUAAUUUUUAAAAAUGUCUAAUGUGAUGUGGUGUGAAAUGAAUAGCUGGUGGAUCAAUCUGGUCACAAAAAUACUGAAAUCCAUUUCAAAUGUUAUUUGAAGUUCAGCCUUGGACAUUGUGCUGUUCUGGCACCAAUUUCAUAUCAGGUUUACAGCCUCAACCAGUCAAAAUUGUGAGUUUUGGUGCAUGAUACGCCAGGACAGGCCUAAUUUAAAUCAUUUAAACCUGCUGAGUAUAUGUAACCUAAAACAUUUAGUAAUGCAUGCCAAUUUAACAAUUAAAUAUGUUUAUUCCAUAUUUAAGGUAAUAUAAUUUGGAAUUACACAAAGCAUUCAGUGGUUUAAUGAAUUUCUCUUGGUAAUAAUCUGUUUAAGUAUUUGAAUUGUUACAUGUAACAAAUGCAUGACUUUGAAAAGUCUUUGUGAAGUUAUUAAAAGUAAGUAUCCCUGAAA